AAAUGAAUAUGAGAAUUUCGCGAAUAUAUGAGGAAUAUUCGUCCAUAUAUUCACGAAAUAUCGCGAAUUCGAAUAUGGCCUAUGCCGCUCAUCACUACUAAGGAGUUGUUUUUGUGAAUUAAAUGAUUUACAGUUAGCAAAAAUGAUAGCAAAAAUAAGCUGGAACUUGUUUGAAAUGUUAUUCAGACACGGUAUUAUAUUAGCAUUAUACGUUAAAUCAUAAGGCAUGGAAUUCAAUAGAUAGCCUUUCUCAGGGCACUAACCAACAUAAGGUCGUAGUAUUUCAGUAACAUAAGAAAUAGCAAGAGUUUCAAGUUUAGUCAUAGAAAACAUUUGUUGUGCUGCAGUCUCAACAGCUAUGGUAACAGCCUGGAACUAUACUAUCCUGGCCCUAUCAUUUCUUGGAUUGUUUUUGGGAUUAUUUCUUCUUAGUAAGAAUAUCUUAAACAACAGAAAAAGGAAAAUGAUUGCUAUGUACAAGAUGAACAUGGCUGACAAAGAAGAGUCCGAUGGCAAACAUGCUGUCUUGGUGUUGGAAAAAGAGAACCUUGAAGAGGGUGGCUCACUCAAGAAGGAGGGUCAACCGGGUGACAUUACUGUGCAGUGGAAGGAUGGACAAGUCACUUCUCUCUACACAGAUGCUCCAGAGGCGGAUGUAUAACCUACUAGGACAUAUUUAUUUUAUUCUCACUACAGAACACCAUGUUUUCGACACUUAUCCUAUACCUCAGAAAAGUGGUGAUGAUAUCGUGCUCUUUAGCAUUGUGGGAUAAAAAUAUAUCUAUUACAAUCGUGUUCCAGUUGAGACUUUAUGUUAUGUGAACAGCUCAAUGUCACACUGUGCUACUGGAUGUAGGAUGUUUUCAGGGAAUGUUUUUUUUUGAAAGCAUAAUGGGUCACUUCUUGGUAGAAGAUUGAAGGUAUCAUAGAUCUGGUUUUCUUAUAUUUAUUUCAGCACGUGCUUGUAAUAGGCUACAAACUGUACAAUGUUACUUACCCUUUAAAGGGGUACUCCGCCCCUAGCAACU